CAAACCCAAAUCCAACCCGAACUCCUAUCCCGUAUUCCCGUCCCCCACCUCCACGGCACCGCCACCGCGGCAUUUCUUCGCCCAACACCUCUCCUCCUCAUCGCCGCCGCUCCCGUCACGCCACCUCCCUUCCAUCCCCACCACCCACGCAAGCCCUCGCCUGCGCUGCCGCCGCCGCCUCCUAUUUAUCCAGCGCUUGCCCACCUGAGCCCGCCUCCAUCAACCACCUGCCCCUUCCUUCCCUUGGCAUCUACCGAAAGGUCCCAAAUGGCGACGGCGUCUGUGGCUGCAGCUGGGGUGGAGGAGGGGUCGACGGCGGCGGCGCAGGCGGGGGGCGCCGAGAUCGCCUUCUUCGACCUGGAGACGUCGGUGCCGCAGCGGGCCGGGCAGGGCUACGCGCUGCUCGAGUUCGGGGCUAUCCUGGUGUGCCCGCGCCGUCUCGUCGAGGUCGCCUGCUACGCCACGCUCGUGCGCCCCGCCGACCUCGGCGUCGUCUCCGCCGCCUCCAUGCGCUGCAACGGCAUCACGCGCGACGCCGUCGCCGCCGCGCCGUGCUUCCGCGACGUCGCCGACAAGGCCUACGACCUCCUGCACGGGAGGGUUUGGGCCGGGCACAACAUUGUGAGGUUUGAUGUACCAAGAAUAAGGGAAGCAUUCAUCGAGAUUGGCCGGCCACCUCCAGAGCCGAAGGGGAUGAUCGACACACUGCCUCUGCUUACCCAGCGGUUUGGGAGGAGAGCAGGAGACAUGAAGAUGGCAAGCUUGGCAAAUUACUUUGGUCUAGGGAGGCAAAAGCACAGGAGCCUGGAUGAUGUCAGGAUGAACCUUGAAGUUCUCAAAUAUUGUGCUACAGUGUUGUUCCUGGAGGCAAGUCUUCCGGAAGUGCUUAUUGUUGAGAACCUUGUGGGUACAAUUACAAGAAGCAAAACUGAUGGAGCUACUUCUCCUGAGGUGAAGAAGCUUGAAGCAAACAUGUCACCUGAUUCUUCAAAACGACAACGUAUUGUUUCUCAAGUCGACGGCUUAACAACAGAUCAAGAUAAUCAAGAAUCAGUUGAUCUUGCAACGAACGGGGGAUCUAGUGACUUGAUAUCCCACGUUGAGGAGAUGAAAUUAGAUGCUUUUGUGCAGAUGGAUGUGAGUUUCAGUGGGUUCCUCGAGCCAGAUGAUGUAUCAACUGAGUGCAUCAAGAUUUCUGCUUCCCCUUCUUACCAAUUUAAUCGAAGAACAUUGAUCAAGCACAAAGAUAGUCUGCUACACCUCUGCUGUGCGGGCUUGAAUAUCCAGUUUGGAGUCGGUACAAAGUUCCUAGACACUGCAGGUCGUCAAAAGUUUAACAUGUUGGUUGAUAUCCCCGAGAAUCUAAGUAAGGUUCUAGAAUUCUGUGAUAAUCAGGCCCAGAGAUUUUUGCAAGAUUCUGGUACCACUUCUGAGUGGAGGCCCCUGAUAAAGAAGUACGGUUAUGUGAAUCGUCCAACCGUUCGCCUCAACAUCCCUACCACUGCCAGCAGCGAUGCUCCGCCCUACUCGACAGAUAUAUACCAGAAAGGCCCGAGCGGUAACAUUCAGAAGCUUGCUUUUAGCAAGGUGGAUGCUGCGGAACUGGACUCCCUGUUUGUUCGGGGGAACAGGCUGGAUGCGUUCUUCUCACUGGAAAUAUAUGACUAUCAGCAAAAUGCUGGCAUCCGGUUGGUUGCAAAGAGGCUGGUUGUACACUCCAAAUAGCACCAGUCUAUACCAGUGCUAGAAGCUAACUCUUGCACUAAUUUAAUUAAUGGCUUUGAUGUAUUUAUUAACAUGUGAGUGUGAAUAAGAUCUGACCAGUAGCAGUCUAGCGGAUGCUGAUGUUGAACUACGGAUCCAGAUGUUGUAAUUGAUUCUAACAGGAUAUGUGUUCAUUUGUUAAUGGAAAGAUCAUGUAUAGAUUUAUAUAUUUAGCAGAAGUUUAAAGAUUUUCUUCUCCAAAACAUUGCACGUGUAUAUUUAGUAAAUAAGUGUGAUGAUAACUCUUGCACUAAUUUAAUUAAUGGCUUUGCUGUAUUUAUUAACAUGUGAGUGUGAAUAAGAUCUGACCAGUAGCAGUCUAACGGAUGCUGAUGUUGAACUACGGAUCCAGAUGUUGUAAUUGAUUCUAACAGGAUAUGUGUUCAUUUGUUAAUGGAAAGAUCAUGUAUAGAUUUAUAUAUUUAGCAGAAGUUCAAAGAUUUUCUUCUCCAAAACAUUGCACGUGUAUAUUUAGUAAAUAAGUGUGAUGAUAACUCUUGCACUAAUUUAAUUAAUGGCUUUGCUGUAUUUAUUAACAUGUGAGUGUGAAUAAGAUCUGACCAGUAGCAGUCUAGCGGAUGCUGAUGUUGAACUACGGAUCCAGAUGUUGUAAUUGAUUCUAACAGGAUAUGUGUUCAUUUGUUAAUGGAAAGAUCAUGUAUAGAUUUA